AUGAAGCAGUACCGCUCUUCCGUGGAGUUUACCGCCCUCCUGGACAAGGAGGUGGGCCUGGAGAUGGUGGAUCUGAUUUAUUGCUUCAAGCGUUUUAACCCCGGUCAUAAGCUGAACUUAAAUUUUGUUGCUGAUCCUCCUCUUUUGCCGAAAGGAGUGACAGAGGAGAUGAUCGAAGACUACGAAGGUGAGGAUGCUUAUCCUGCUGCCGAGGGUGCCAGGAACGCUACUGCCUCUGAUGCUGUUGGUGGCUCAGGAGGUGCCGAUGGGUGCUUACUUGAAGUAAUACUUCAAGUGUUCGACAUUCCAAGGAUGACCGAGGGUCUUGUCGCAGGUGUCUCUCAAUCGGAUGGCUUGCCGAUCUCCACCGGGACAACCGCCUCUGAUCCAAAGGCAAGUGUUGGUCUGUCGCAAAUCUCACGGCCUGGUGCUCCGGGCCGAGGGGAUGUGCGUCAACACGUGACGUCCUCCUUUUGGAUGCGAUGCGGUUGUGCUCGGGCGUGCCAGCACAGUCUACCGUGCAUCGAGAUGAUGAUGAGUAACGAAUCUCAGCCGUCAGGUUCACGGCCUGAGCUACAAGGCCGUUUAGUGGUGGUGUUGGUGGUGGGUUUUAGUGGUGCUCCGGUGCGUUGCUCAGAGAGCGACGGUCGUAUGAUAUAUGGGGUGAGUGAGGCGAUAACAGAGAUGGUGCUCCGGCGCCUUGAAAAUCAAGGGUCUCAUGAGCUUAGUAUUUAUAGGAGUCCUGGAGGGACAUUCGAGGUUGACAAGACCUGUGUGGUGGAGCCUGACCGGGGCAAGUGGGUAGUCAAAUCGGCAUUUGGAAUCGUGAAGCAUGGUGGUUUGGGUUUGAGAAGCAUGGUGGUCUGGGUUUGUGGUGGUGUGACCCCCAUAAAUCUCGGCAAAUCCCGGCCACCAUCGUGA